AUGGUGAACGAUAUCGAAAAGGUAUCCGCUGAGCGAAUCUCCGCAGAGAAUAUUGAACAUGUCGAUAGUCUUCCCCCAACUAAACGCGUGGUUGACAUCGACGAUGAUGAGGAGUACACCUAUGAAGAACAGCGGAAAAUCAUCCAUCGUGUUGACCGCCGGCUGGUCAUAAUCGUAGGUGCCGCAUAUUGCAUCAGUCUGAUGGACCGUACAAACGUGUCGGUAGCGGCAAUUACUGGAAUGAUGGAGGACCUUGAGUUGGCGGUUGGCUUUCGAUAUUCUAUCAUGGUGCUGGUCUUUUUCGUGACCUACAUCGUAUUCCAGCCCUUGGCAACCGCCAUUAUUCGAAAAAUAGGACCUCGAACAUUCAUCUCCACAAUCGUGAUGACCUGGGGUGCAUGUCUAAUUGGAUUUGCAUAUUCCCCGGACUGGCAGACGCUGACCGGGUUGCGUGCGCUUCUUGGCGUCCUGGAGGCUGGUUUCUUUCCCGGCUCGGUGUAUCUUCUGUCGUGCUGGUAUUCGCGAUAUGAGGUCCAAAAGCGCUACUCGCUCUUUUACCUGAUCGGAUGUGUUGCAUCAGCUCUUUCCGGUAUUCUUGCCUUUGGCUUCAGCCAGAUGAAGCCACUGCAAGGCCUGAACGGGUGGCAAUGGAUUUUCAUUAUGCAGGCGGUUUUGACAUUCAUCAUCGGGAUCCUGUGCAUGAUCUUUGUUGUAGACUUCCCUGAUAGGGCCUUUAAAGCAUGGGGAUUCCUGAAUGAGAAGGAAUGUGCGUUCGUCCUCCGCCGAUUGAACAGAGAUCGCGCAGACGCCGACCCGGAGCCCUUCAGUUUCGGCAAGUUCCUCCGCCCAGCAUUGGAUCUGAAGAUCUGGGCGUUUGCUUUUAUUUUCUUUGCCCUGACGACCCUCUCCUAUGGCAUCGCCUACUUCUUACCCAUCAUCCUUCGUGAUAAUAUGGGUUUCAGUGUCGCAGCAGCCCAGUGUCUUGUCGCACCCCCAUUUGUCCUCGCCGGAAUCCUCAUGGUUGCAACCUCAUGGGUCGGCGAUAAGUACCGCAUGCGCGCACCAAUCCUUGCGUUCAAUAGCGUGGUCACCCUGAUCGGCCUGCCGAUUAUGGGUUUUGCCGAGAGCUCAGCAGUCCGCUUCUUCGGCGUAUUCCUGACAACGGCUGGCGUGAAUGCCAAUAUCCCAGCCUGCAUGGCUUACCAGGCCAACAAUAUCCGGGGACAGUGGACCCGUGCGUUUGCUAGCGCUACACUCGUUGCCUUUGGUGGGAUUGGCGGGAUUGCGGGGAGUCUGGUGUUUCGGUCGCAGGAUGCGCCGGAUUAUAUCCCCGGCAUCUGGGCUGUUAUAACAUGCCAGCUGUGUCUUCUCGUUGUGGUGGCAGCUCUGAGUCUUCAUUUCUGGAUAAGCAACCGUAAGGCUGAUCGCGGGGAGAAGAUUCUCGAGGGAUCCCCUGAUUUCCGAUACACAAUUUAA